GCUGCGCCCGGAGCUCGAGCCCCGCGGUAGGUAACGGCUUUCUGUGAGUCUCUGGCUUUGGCACUGACAUGGUGAAGAGCGACUCCGACUCCAGCACUAUGUCUGAGAAACGGCGUACUGAGCACGCCGCAUCUCAGCGGCUCCCCGAGUCCUUCAGGGAUAACUCCAAGGCAGAACUGGGACCUUGUGGAUGGAUUUUGGUGGCGUUCUCAUUCUUGGUCAUGGUUAUCACCUUCCCGCUGUCAGUGUUGAUUUGCAUAAAGAUUGUAAAGGAGUACGAGAGAGUCAUCAUCUUCAGACUGGGUCGCAUUUUGCAAGGAGGCGCCAAAGGACCUGGUUUGUUUUUUAUCCUGCCGUGCACUGACACCUUCAUCAAGGUGGACAUGAGGACCAUCUCCUUCGACAUUCCACCUCAGGAGGUCCUCACCAAAGAUUCAGUGACAAUCAGUGUGGACGGCGUGGUCUAUUACCGUGUUCAGAAUGCAACCCUGGCUGUGGCAAAUAUCACCAAUGCAGAUUCGGCAACCCGCCUUUUGGCACAAACCACACUGCGGAAUGCCCUGGGCACCAAGAACCUGUCUCAGAUCCUGUCUGACAGGGAGGAGAUUGCACACCACAUGCAGAGCACCCUGGAUGAUGCCACUGACGACUGGGGCAUAAAGGUGGAGCGUGUGGAGAUAAAGGACGUGAAACUCCCAGUCCAGCUCCAGAGGGCCAUGGCUGCAGAGGCAGAAGCUGCCCGGGAGGCAAGAGCCAAGGUGAUUGCAGCUGAGGGGGAAAUGAAUGCGUCCAGAGCCCUGAAAGAGGCUUCCAUAGUCAUCACCGAGUCUCCGGCUGCCCUUCAGCUCCGGUACCUUCAAACCCUGACCACUAUCGCUGCGGAGAAAAACUCCACCAUUGUCUUUCCUCUGCCCAUCGAUAUGUUGCAGGGCCUCAUGGGUUCUAAAUAGAACAAGUAGUGCUGUAGAGCUGUGCUGAAUCCCUCCCAGGGUAAAGUGGGGACCAAGUUAGCCUUUCACUGGCAGGGAGAUUAGCAGGAAGCUUGACUGACCCCAUCCCUCCCUGUUUCCACAUAUAGAGUGAGGUGCUCUUAGAAGGGACAGGAGUCCCAAGAGCAGCUGAGAGACUCGCUUUGGAGCUAGGAAUAGAGCACUUGCUUAACAUGCCCAAGACUCUGGAUUUCACUGGCUUGUAAAUACCAAGAGAGCUGGUGAUUUAUGCACGAUAGAUAAUCAUACUCUUUACCUACAUCUGUGUCUUUAUUCUGUGGUAGACUGGAGCCCCCUUCUAACCUUAAGUCGUUCUGAGCCCUAUGUGAGCAGUCAAGCCAGGGCAAUGGGCAUAGCCUAGACAUGCCACCUACCCCACUGGGCAAAUGCCACCUACCCCACUGGGCAAACGCUCUGCGUAGUGAAGACUUGUGUCACCCUCUUCUCUGGGCCACCUGUGCCUUCCCUUCAGGGACUCUUACAGGAAGGAUGCUUCCCUAGUGUCCAUCCACCCAACCCAAGCCCAAACUGUGUUUUACAAUAUCCUCUCCUCUUUCGUGACCCUGUCAGAGCCCGAGAAAAUGGUCAGAGUCAAUGAAGAGGCUCGGCUGGCCCUCCCGGGACCGCACUUCCCCACCGUGGGGUCCUUUUGAAAAUAGAAUGUGCAGUUUUACAAACCCUUCGGGCCCCCACCCACCCCCACUUUCUGUGUCGCCUUUAAAAGCAGCUAAAUUCUUGUCACGGAAGUGCUUUUUCUCACUUUUGCCUAUUUCAUGUAUCUGGUUUUUAAAUCAUUUUGAUUUUUAAAGAUAACUUUCUACCUUCUAUAAAUAAUUGUUAUAUGCCCAUUUGAAUAACUUAAAUACCAAAGUACUUUUUUAAAAAUCUUAAGAAAGCCAUUAUAUUUUGCUGUCUGCACACUAUUAACUAUUAUGUACUGUGAAAUAUUGUGAUUACUAAUCCUACUUGUGUAGUUCAAGAAAUUCCUAGCACAUGGGGCAUGCCAUCCCUGAGCUCCCAGUGCAGAGGGAGAACACUUAUGUGUGACUAGAUUUUUUUGUUGUUUUUGUACAAAACAUUGAUGCCAGCAGAGGAAGUGGUCAGUCCCUCUGGACCAGUUUCUUAUUGUGACGUCUUCCCCUUGACCUGGGAGUCUUGCAGCAUCUUUGAGGUUUUGAUUCACUGGAGAAGCCUGGCAGCAUGGCUCCCUGUGGCGGGAGCAUCCCGGUUCACACCACCAUAGCUGUGCACCGCGAGGCCCACGUGGAGCCUCCCUCCCUCGCACCCCGAUUCUGAGCCUUGGACCCAGCUGGGUUUUCUAGAGGUGUAUGGAGUAUUUCCACCCAGGACUCAAGUUGCAUUUACAUUUUGAACUUAAAAUGGUGGCUUCAUCUGUUUGGACAAAGCAACUUGCCCUCCACUAAGGACCAAGAAAACCCGUGUCCUUGUGAAAACACUUUCUCAGAGGUGGAAAAUGUAUGCUACACUUGUUCUCUAAAUUUCUCCCUCCAGACACCAACCAGCCUUUGCUUCUGUGCUAGUGAAUUAGUAAUCCAGUAGGCUGAAAUCAAAGUGAGGGGUGGAGAAAAUUGAGCUUUGGGAAAUGGGGAUGGUGUGAGGCUUUUCACAAGUCCUCACCUUAGCCGUGUACAAUAAAGUGUGUGCCCUGUAA